GUUCAGCAAGCCCUGAAGAAGCAUGAGCUUCUCGUUGCAAUUAUUAAAAAAGAUCAAGACCAUAACAAGAGACUGCAAGAAUUUAAGCAACGUAUCUGCCGACAGAAAUGGGCUCAGAAUAAAGUGAGAGAGAAACGCCAGCAAAUUGCUAGAGCCAGGAAAUAUUAUGAAAAUUACCGGGUUCAGCUGCGUGCCAAGAUGAUGCGGGCUAGGACACGGGAAGAAAGGAUAUUUAAAAAUUUAUUUGAAGAAGGCUUAGAAAUUCAGAAGCAAAGACUGAAGGACCUGAGAGCGUAUGCUCAAGAGAAGCGUGCUGAGCAAAGGCGAGAGCAUCAAAAUGAGCUGGAGUCUAUGGAGAACUAUUACAAAGAUCAGUUUUCCAUGCUAGCAGAAGCUUUAUCUCAAGAACGCCAAGAAAUCCAAACCAGAGAGAAAGCACAAGCACAAAUGCUACAGAAAACAAAAAGGGAAUUGAGAUCAAGGAUGGAAAAGGAAAUACAGCAACUGCAAGCAGCAAUAAUGCAAAGUGAUGAUGACACCUUUUUUCAAGAACUAGAAGCAGACAGACUGAAAUCUAGACUUCAGAUGGCUUCCUUUCAGCACAGCAAAAGCCGUUUCUUGUAAGACUUAUGGUAAAUACCACUGCAGUUGUCUCCGGCUAAGAUGAUGAGAAUCUUUGAGAGCUGCUGUAGCAGGAAGAUGGUGUGUGGCGGUUUUUCUCUAAAAUAUCAGGUCUGUCAUUUUGACAUGUGUAGCUGCUGGUAUCUGGGAUCUCUACAGCACUUUUACGAUCACCAAUAAAGUUUUUAAACUAC